AUGAGCAAGCAAGAUGUUUGCAAGAGGUUUCCCCGAGGAGAUUCCGAGAUCCUGCAGUGGUCGUGGGUGGAUCUAGCAAUUCGAAGGCAUGGCAGGUUUUUGCGCUUCAUGGCCGAACCGUACUUCAUUCGUUAUGAGAGUGCCGACGAGUUGGCACCUGCCAUGCCGACCAAAGACGCCUGGAUAAAGCUCCGGCGAAGAACCCGCGUUUUCGACGCUUGGGUCGGAAAGGUGAGACGCAUCCGGGCGUUGGGAGCUCCAGAUGAAGAUGCCUUUGGGGACGCAGAGCUCGAGACAUCGCCGGCCGAUCUGCCGAAGCCACGAGCCGACACUGCCAGCACUGCGCUGGCAAGCUCUUCCUCCCUCCCAGCGUCCAGUGGUGUGGCCGAGGAUGUUAUUUGGGAAGGCUUAGCCUUUGCGCAAGACUUGGGCCCUUACCGGUCGUAUGCCUCGUGCGCAGAGGAUGUUCAUUUGAUUUCCAGCUUCCUCGAGCUGACACCAUUGACCCGAGUGGUGCCCUCCGUCGUGAAGCUACUGUUCCGGGUGGUCAGGUUUCUGCGGAUGUGUGACUAUCACGUGGAGGACGUGUGCGUGAUCCUCGCGCACGCCAGCGCCUAUUUCUUGGACUUCUAUGCCCAGCUGGGUGCCCGCGUGGAGGACGGUGAGGAAGUGGGUUAUGUUGUGGGGAGCUUGAUCUUCAUCGCGCACAGUUUCGUCCAAGAUGAGACCUGCCCCCUGAAUGUUUGGCACAAGCACCUCUUUAGGAAGUACUGCAAUGUCAAGACCCUUAACGCUGCCAUCAUGCAACUCAUGAAGCUGCGCGUGGAGCCCCGGCUGCGCUUGACGGAGGAGGAUCUCGCUCGCCGAAUGUCCCGGCUCAGGGAGUCCAUUGCGCGCUUCGAUAACUUGGAAGCGGAAUUCAAUAGGCCACUCCUUGGGAGAAUCGGGGCAGAUGUUGGGGCGUCCUUUGGCGGCCGUGGCCGUACGGCCAAGCCCUCCCAAUGGAGGCGGUUACCUCUGCGGCGACCAGGAUGGAUCGUCCAGGCCGGGCAGAUACUGCAGCUAGACGUCUUCCCCCUGCGGGCGCCCGGUUGGGGUUUGCGACUUCGGACGCUGUGCAUCGCCCCGCCUGCGCCCAGAGGGCUCGACGGGGCGGAAAAGUGUCCCGCUGCGUGUGAGCACAUUCUCACCAUCGAUCCAGCGCGGUUUCAUCCCGGCGACCCGGGAGUUGUGUGGAGAAACCUUCACCCAACAGUGCCAGAGCCUUGGAACGAGCUGGACGUAAGCUUCAGCGCACGCGAAAACCGGCGGACGGGAGGCGCUCAUGCAAUGGAGGCGUGGACGAAGAAUGGCGUCGGCGCAGCAGGUCGGAUCGUCUUCAACGGCAAGGGCCUGCGGCCCGACCUGCAGGAGCUUCAUUCGCCCCAAGAGUGUCGUGCUGGUCUAGAUGUCCUAUUGUCAGCCCGGGAGCGAGGCAGCACGCUGAUGUCGUCAAGCAGACGGCCGGGCUCCCACCAGGUGAUGAAUGCGAGCUUCAUCCCGCCGAUUGAGCAGAGGACGGGCCGCUUGGAGCCUGCCAGCAUGGAGGCCGCGGGCUCCAGAUCCUUAACACGGCGCUUCCAGAAGCUCCGCUUGGAGAACUAUCGGCACGAGAUCAUGGAGUCCAUCCGGAGGGGCGAACCCAACGCCGGGAGGCGUUAG